AUGGCUUUUCAAAAUAACCUUGCUAUCAUUGCCGUUUUAUCCAUCAUCUUGGGGGCAAUGGCACAACCCUCAGCCACGUCCAACGACGAAGUCGAUCCCUCUGCAUUUUUGAAAACAUUCGAGCAAUGGAUGGCACAGUUCGGACGCACUUACGAUGACAUUGCAGAGAAACAAAGCCGUCUCGCCAUUUUUGUGAAGAACUUGUUAUUUGUGAAUGACUUCGACAACCAAGGAAACAAGACUUACAAGUUAAACAUCAACUUGUUUUCCGAUAUGACCAAUGAAGAAUUCCUCGGACUUUACACUGGAUUUCAAGCUCCCAAUGACACCUUAAGCUCGAGCUCAUUACUUCGGCAACGUAAUACCAAAUCUUUUAGGUAUCAAGACCUGUCGGAAGCUGAUGUUCCGGCUAGAGUUGACUGGAGGGAACAAGGUGCUGUUACCCCCGUCAAGGAACAAGGACAAUGCAGUAAGAGAACCACCGUUCUUGUUUGGGCGUUUUCAACAGUGGCAACAAUUGAGGGGAUUACCAAAAUCAAAAGUGACAAAUUGAUUUCACUGUCCGAGCAACAACUGGUGGACUGUAACAGAGAUCAGAUUAACAGAGGCUGCCGUGGUGGUGACAUGGAAGAUGCGUUUAAAUACAUAGAGGAAAACGGAGGAAUCACUACUGAAGAAAACUACCAAUACAAGGGUACAGACGAAACAUGUGACACUACUAAGACGAAUGAGUACGCUGCCAAGAUAACCGGCUAUGAAAUGGUUCCUCCCAAUAGCGAAAAUGAUCUGCUUAAGGCUGUGGCCAUGCAACCAGUCUCGGUUGGCAUUGAUGCCAAUGGAGAAGAGUUUAGGGCAUACGCAAGUGGGGUAUUUUCCGGCAACUGUGGCACAAACCUAAACCACGCUGUUACAAUUGUUGGGUAUGGAACGACUGAAGAAGGCACCGACUAUUGGUUAGUGAAGAAUUCAUGGGGCGAAACCUGGGGUGAAAAGGGAUACGUGAGAAUUCUUCGGAAUGCUGGUCCUCCGGAAGGUUUGUGUGGCAUUGCUAUGUAUGCUUCCUAUCCAACUGCAUCAGCUAUGGCACCCUCUCCCUCAGUAUUGUAG